CCUAAGAACUUUUUGAAAUUGGAGUUUAAUUUGGUUCCGGGGAGAGCUGUAAACGCUGUCGUGGGUAGGAUCCCCAAAUUGGUUUAUUCUGUUAGCUGCGCUAACUCGUUGUGGGGUUCUGGUGUAACGGCAUCGUGGAGCGAGAGGGAAACCCUUGGAGAACUUGGGCUGAGUUGGUGGCAGGAAUUUGCCGUGCAGCCGUGUCAGUGCUGUCUCUGAGUUAUUUUCUUCUUGGUCAGUGAAAUAACAAGGAGCAAGCUGGCAGAAAAGGAGGAAAACAUGUUAAUUUCACGAACAGCUCAAUUUCCUUCUCGCUGAAGGAACCUUUCUCCCAACAGUGCAGGUGUUUGCAGGAGGGCCGUCAUCUCCCCAAAGCAAAGGCCUAAAGUAGGGAGAUGCUGACCCCCACCUGCCGGUUUGAUCCCAGCCUGCAUGGGUUUGGGCUUUAGGAAGCAUGGAACUGCUGGGCCGGGCCCUGCUGGCCACUCUGGGACAGGCUGUAGGUAGUGUAGUCUUGGAGUUAAUUGCCUUCUGAAUUUUACUUCUUGUUAUGGGGGAAUCCUAAUGAAGCAGUUCUUGCUAUGAGAAGAGUUGCUCAUUAUUUCUGCUGUGUUUCAUGGUAUGUUCCAGCUAGGGGAGUCAGAUAAGCCUUGAUCCCGAGAAAACUUGUACCAAAGCCCUACAGAGAAAGGUAGUACUUUUGUUAGUUGUUGAAGUGAUUUCAGCGCUCAGCAGACCUAUGGGGAAGGAGUAUCAUCUGCCCUCAGAUCCUCGCUGUGGUUUUGUCUGGGCAAUGCUGUUGAUUGCAAUAAUUUCAUCGUGUUCUUCCUGGCUGCUUCUGGCAAAGCCAUGCCCAACGUAGUGCCUUGGAGUGAAAGGUCUGCAUAUUUCUGGUAGCAGGAGCAUGGUGAAUUCCUUGCGUGGCGUUGGUGUCGUGAGCUGACAUGGGGCAGGCAAACACCAGACCUAAGAGUUGUUGACUUGCAGCAAGAUAGGGACAAUUUCAGCUCUACGAACUUAGAGCUCCUUGUGUUCAGCUGUGAAUAUUUGCUGGGCUUAUCCUUUUGCUCUUGUAUUCCAGGGCUCUUUCCUAUCACUUGGGUACCUCAGGUUAGACCAAGUCCCUUCGGUGCGGCUGGGUAGAGUGUGAUCAAAGUGAAAUAUCGCUUGUAUCUCCUAGGUGUAUAAAUGAAUGUGGGAGAAAACGAUCUACAUCUUUCUAGGGAGUUAAUAAAAUUGAUUACAGAAAUCGAUUCUGUAAUAAUCGAUUAAAUAUCUAAUGUUCUAUUUCUUUCUAAAGAUUAUUCUGGCCAAUGGUUUGGGAGCAGUGACUCUUUGAUAUGUAGGAAUUAAUCCGUUCCCGCUUAACAUGUCAGUGCAUGUCCCAUAGAUAUACAAUAAAACCAUUAGGAAGUUCUUUAUAGCUGCAUUUUAAUCAAAUCUCCUUAAACAGAAGUUUUAAAAGUAAAUUUGCAAAUAAAACAGUGCAAGCUAUUUUUUUGGGUGGGCUCGGAAGUGCUGAGGCCCUUGUUGCAGGUCUGGGCUGCAUGGGAAUGGAAAACGUUUGGUGUCUGAGGAAGUCGCAUUGUGUGCAUUGGGGCCCGAGAUGCAGAGUGUGAAUUUAACACAAACUGCACUUGGCAAGUAAGGAGUAUCAAGGGUGACAUGUCGAGCACAUUUAACCUUCACAAAUCUCAGGCUAUGCAACUCAGAAAGAAAUACAGCUUACAUUGUCAGGAUCUAUGUAUAAAUCUUUAGGAGCUCCAUCUCUAAGUGCCUAUUUCUUGAUAGCUAUUUGGAGGCAGGAGAUGUAUGAAAAGGUUUUGAGACGAUAUGCAGCUAAAUAGUGGUACCAUGUAAAGGACAUGAACUUCCUAAAUUCUUUUUUUUCCCAAGACUUCCCUGUUUACGCAGGUCUAAUCUCUUUACCAUCCAAGGCUGGGGCUUGCCUGCUGUACGGGGCUUUCCUUGAGGCGUGAACUGGCGUUGGUCCUUCAAGACCAAAAUACGAAAUGGCAGCACAGUGUCCUUCCCAUUUUGCCAGGCUGAAGUAGAGCCGUUCCUCAUCUAUAAGCCACCAGAGAUGUGAGCCUUAAUGCUAGUGGUCUGUAGGCUCAGUCUAACACCAGGGCAAAUGCGAAUGUUGCUGAACACUUGGCUUAGGGGUGCCAUACCCCUGGUGCUUCUCAUGAGGGCAGGAGGGAGCACCUCCUGCUGCUGGUGUGGGGCUCAGGGAAAGGAAGAUGGGUGCUAGGGAGGAAGGAUGCGCGGCAUUGACCUUCUGGCCGGGUGCAGGACAACCUAUUUCCUGCACUGCUGACUCAAGGGUACAGUGAGCCCUCCCCAUGCGUGUCCUUGGUUGGGAUUGGGCAAGAGAGUGGGAAACUGCGUUCAGGCACCGAAAAUUUGCUAGGAAACGUACAAAACUGGGAAAAUGACAUGAGAGUUUUGGUGCGAGUGUGGGAACAUUCUGCUGGAUCUUAAUCAAGCAUAACUUGACGGCAGAAAAGGAAGGAAAGGCAUGAAGGUUUUUGGUGCCGGUUGUUUUUUUCCUAUUGGCAACCGCUGUCUUUACGCAGAAUGCCUUCAGAGUACCGUACAUGCAGCAAACAAGGGCUCUUAUGGUUAUCUUGCAAUUAGUUUGUAUCGCUUGCAGGUGAGCGCCACUAGGCUGGAAGGUCAACCUUGACCCUUGUUAGCACCAUGUGGGUAUCUCCCGCUGAACAGCUGGGGCAGUGUGUGGUUCCUUCCUGCCCCCAGCAUGCAAAACCCACCCUUCGGAAAACCUGACUCCUCCAAGUUGUUCUUUUUACUAUUAUAAAAGGAAGACCCAAUAGUUAGAGUUUGAGUCUGAUCCUUUUGCAGCAAUUCAAAGAAAGCGGGAGAUGGGUUUUGCGAGCUGUGCUGUCCAGUAGGGCCCAUCCUGUCACUGGCAGUAGCGAUUUUGGUAGGAUUUUGGUAGCCAAGCAUCUCGUGCACUCAGGUGCAGGUGGUACAGCCAGGCCCUGCGGCAGUGCUCCUUCCUACGGCCUCCAAACUCCACCUUCUGAUGUGAUAAAGACCCAUCUCUGAAGGCAGUGUUUUGGGAAUGAUAUAAGGUUCUGGGUUUCCCAUCUGAAUUCACGACCUUUUUUUUUUUAAAUUUCUGUCAUUCUUUGCUUUCCUGCAUGCAAGGAGUUGGUAACACAAACAAACAUCGCAUCCAUUGCAUAACUGUCUGACACCAUAUCUCUGAAAAUUCUCCAGUAGUACAUCCAGAAUACGUAGGCAAAGGCUGCAAAAUAACCAUAAUGUUACUAAGUGUUAAAAGCUUUUUAUUGUUAUUUUUUUUUUUCAUCCUGGUUGCAAACUAAGCAUGAACUCCUGUCUUGAUUUUACAGAUUAUUUCAUGCUGAAAUUAUGUCUAUUUGCAUGGGUAGUCAUUCUUCAAAACUAGCCACAGAUGCAGUCCUAGGGAGCACGUAGAUGUUUUUACAGGUGAACCGAAAGAGAUGGGAGCAAUUCCAAAAAGUCUGCAUGCUGCCUUUGGCAAUAUACCCUGUUAUUGUGAAGAUUGUGCUCUGUUAAGCAAAUGUAAAGUUUAAUAUUAGAUAAGCGUCUCAUGACAAAUAUUUUAAUUUUACCAAACGUUAAAUUUAAGAAAUGGGAAAGAGCGUCCGGAGCUUUCUGUGCACUGUGAGUUUAGCAUCGCUAGUUAAUAAGUCACAAAUUAUGUCAAGAGCCUUUUACAAAAUGCAAGGAAGUGUGCUAUCUUUUUAUGCUGUGUUCCUGGGAAACAAUGAGAGUUCAUAUAAAGAGAAGGUACCUUCCUUUCUCAUGCGUUUGAUUGAUGUUACUUCUUUCAUCUUCCCAUAUUUUUUCUCAUCUUUUCUGCGUGUCACAGGAACUGAGAUUCUGUGUAUUCAAAAUAUCAGACACGAGAAGGGCUUCACUGGGCACUCGAGAUACUGUUCCUGAAGAUUUUUCUAAAGCAGAGGGAUGCGACACCAAACAUGCCUUGUUUCUGCUGUGCAGAUUAUUUAGUGUCGUGUAGGGUCCCAGGAUUCUUGAGCUGAGCCCAGCUGACAAGCUUUUGAAGAUGGCACAAUAACAGUCCAGUGAUGCCUGACCAUGACAGCACAGCCCUCUUAAGCAGGCAAACCAAGAGAAGAAGAGUUGACAUUGGAGUGAAAAGGACGGUAGGGACAGCAUCUGCAUUUUUUGCAAAGGCAAGAGCGACGUUUUUUAGUGCCAUGAAUCCCCAAGGUUCAGAGCAGGAUGUUGAGUAUUCAGUGGUGCAGCAUGCAGAUGGGGAAAAGUCAAAUGUACUCCGCAAGCUGCUGAAGAGGGCGAACUCGUAUGAAGAUGCCAUGAUGCCUUUUCCAGGAGCAACCAUAAUUUCCCAGCUGUUGAAAAAUAACAUGAACAAAAAUGGUGGCACCGAGCCCAGUUUCCAAGCCAGCGGUCUCUCUAGUACAGGCUCAGAAGUACAUCAGGAGGAUGUAUGCAGCAACUCUUCAAGAGACAGCCCCCAAGAGUGUCUUUCCCCUUUUGGCAGGCCGACUAUGAGCCAGUUUGAUGUGGAUCGGUUAUGCGACGAGCACCUGAGAGCUAAACGCGCCCGGGUUGAGAAUAUCAUUCGGGGUAUGAGCCAUUCCCCCAGUGUGGCAUUAAGGGGCAAUGAAAACGAAAGAGAAAUAGCUCCGCAGUCCGUCAGCCCUCGAGAAAGUUACCGAGAAAACAAGCGCAAGCAGAAACUGCCGCAGCAGCAGCAGCAGAGCUUCCAGCAGCUGGUUUCGGCCAGGAAGGAGCAGAAGCGAGAGGAGCGCCGACAGCUGAAGCAGCAGCUGGAGGACAUGCAGAAACAGCUGCGCCAGCUGCAGGAGAAGUUCUACCAGAUCUACGACAGCACCGACUCUGAAAAUGAUGAAGAUGGCAACUUGUCCGAAGACAGCAUGCGCUCCGAGACCAUGGAUGCCCAGGCCGGCGACUCCGUUGGCAGGUCGGACAGUGAGAUGUGCGAGCUGGAUCCUGGGCAGUUCAUCGACCGGGCGCGGGCUCUCAUACGGGAGCAGGAGAUCGGGGAGAACAAGCCGAAAAGAGAAGGUCCCAAGGAGAAGGAGCAAGGGCCGAAUUCCUUCCAUCCCGAAGGCAAACACUUGGCUGAGACGCUGAAGCAAGAGCUGAACACCGCCAUGUCACAAGUUGUGGACACAGUGGUGAAAGUUUUCUCGUCCAAGCCCUCCCGCCAGCUUCCUCAGGUCUUCCCGCCUCUCCAGAUCCCACAGGCCAGGUUCGCGGUCAACGGGGAGAACCACAACUUCCACACGGCCAACCAGCGCCUGCAGUGCUUUGGGGACGUCAUCAUUCCAAACCCCCUUGACACCUUUGGCAGUGUCCCCAUGCCCGGCGCCACAGACCAGACUGAGGCGCUGCCCCUCGUCGUCCGUAAGAACUCCUCCGACCAGCCCGCCUCGGCUCCUCCAGCUGGCAGCCACCACGCCUCGCUGCACCAGUCCCCGCUCUCGGCCACUGCCGGCUUCUCCACCUCCUCCUUCCGCCACCCCUUCCCGCUGCCCCUCAUGGCUUACCCCUUCCAGAGCCCUCUGGGCGCCCCGUCGGCCUCCUUCCCAGGGAAAGAGCGUGCCUCCCCUGAGUCCCUGGACUUGACCCGGGAGACCACCAGCCUGAGGACCAAGAUGUCGUCACACCACAUGAACCACCAUCCCUGCUCACCUGCUCACCCCCCCAGCGCCGCUGAAGGACUCUCCUUGUCCCUCAUAAAGUCCGAGUGUGGUGAUCUGCAAGACAUGUCCGAAAUCUCACCCUAUUCGGGAAGUGCAAUGCAGGAAGGCUUAUCGCCGAACCACUUGAAAAAGGCCAAGCUCAUGUUCUUUUACACCCGGUACCCAAGUUCCAAUAUGCUGAAAACCUACUUCUCAGAUGUAAAGUUCAACAGAUGCAUUACCUCUCAGCUCAUCAAGUGGUUUAGCAAUUUCCGUGAGUUUUACUACAUUCAGAUGGAGAAGUACGCGCGGCAAGCCAUCAACGACGGGGUCACGAGCACGGAGGAGCUGUCUAUAACCAGAGACUGUGAGCUGUACAGGGCCCUGAACAUGCACUACAAUAAAGCGAAUGACUUUGAGCAGGUUCCAGAGAGAUUCCUGGAAGUGGCUCAGAUCACGUUACGGGAGUUUUUCAAUGCCAUUAUCGCAGGCAAAGAUGUUGAUCCUUCCUGGAAGAAGGCCAUAUACAAGGUCAUCUGUAAGCUGGACAGUGAGGUCCCUGAGAUUUUCAAAUCCCCCAACUGCCUACAAGAGCUUCUUCAUGAGUAGAGAGUUCAGCAGCUAUUUAUGAAUGUAUGAAAGUAGCAGUCCCCUUCUGAUGCCCAAGUCAUGUGUGUCUCUAUUUUAAUUUCAUAUAUAUGUGUAUCGCAUACAUAUAUAUGUAUAUGAAAUUAGACUGUGAUCCCUCCUGGGUAUAUCUUUGGGUUUUCGUUCGGUUCCAAGGGGAUGGUUAUUUUACUUCAGCCUUUGGUUUACUUUUGCCCGAGACCCUUAACAUUUGGAGAAUAAAUUGAGUUAAUUUUCAGGGAGAAGAGUUUGGAAGCGUGUAAAAGCCUGUCUUAGCAAGUUAGGGCAUUAUGUUUAAAAAUGCUUUGUCAGAUUUAUUGCUUGCUGCAAAGUGGCAUUUUGUCUUAGUGAGACUAAUGUCAUGGCACAAUACUACAAGACAAUGAAGUUUAUAUUAUGUUUAUACUGCUAAAGGUCUGAACUCUGUGGAGUCACUUCAUAAGCUUGGAGCUUUUUUUUUUAUUAUUAUUUUAUGUACUUUUUAACCAAUAACCAGAUUUUCUUUCAUACUUCAAAAACCUACAACAUCGAUUUCGGAUACUCACUCCAAGAAGUGAUACCGAAAAAAACAAGCCCUAUUCUUCAUGCUUUCCCUUACAGAAACGAUAAAUACCCUGCGCCAGUGAUCGACAUGCCAGGUUGUUGUUUUCCUAAAUUGCAGCAAGGGACGUUUGCACAAAUCAAAUACCACUCGUGCAGGUUGAGGCCAGUAAUUCAUGCACAAUGUUGUACCAACCACACGAAUUGUAGAAUACGGUCAGCUUGUUAAAACGGAAGCAUUUCACUCUCCAUAGAGUAAAAAUGAAACCUGCAGAGUACUGAAUUGCCACAUCUUGGUCUUACUUCAAGUGGCACCGGUCCCUGAUUUUUUUCCUCUCCGUGCAUUCUGCCCCUAGAAAUCCCCUUUCCAAUACACACAGUUUUCUGUCUGUAUUUGACAUCUGUCCUGAAAAGCACUUUUUGAAUGAUCUUAUAUAUAGUCGAAGAAAGCAUCUUCACCUCACAGUGCUGAGGCAAAGGAAAAAAAAAUUACAGCUAUUGUUUGUAGCUGUAAAAUAUAAUUAGUCUUUUCCUAAUGAGGAGAAUGAAAAUCACAAUUUCAUAAAAAUCUAAUCAAGCACAUACAAAAAUUGCAGUGUCCUCCUGGCUAUGCAGGGUCCAAAUAGCCAAACUGGAUUUUUAAAUUACUCUUCCAUGCAGCUUUAAAAAAAAAAAUCUAUUUGAGCAAAGCGCUGCACAUCCUCAGAAGCUGGAGGUAGUUUUGACCAAAAUCUGAGCUACAGUGUAAAGUCCAUGAUGGGUCUGGAUUCACCUGAAUGCUGUACCACGAAAUGUCAGCACACGGAAAGAAAGCUAGCUGCUAGUUCUUGUGCUUUCUUCAAUGGCUCUCUUUGUCUCACGUUUUCAGAAAGGUAUUGUCUCCAAAAGUUUGGGGGAAGGUUGAAUAUGCUAUAGCACUCUGUAUUUGUCAUUUUCUCUGUCGUCUUUUGUACAGAUGCAGUAAGAAUUUAUUGUUAUCGUCAAUAGUGUUUUCCCCUGCACAUUUCAGUCUGAAUCUAGAGGAAGUUCCUAAUUAGCUGAGGAUUGCAUUUAGACCCUCGAGGAUAUUGAUAUCUUGUUUCUUUAUUUUAAAACUACAUUUUGACUUUGGAGAGUGAAAGUUUACCCAUGUGACUAAAGAGCUGACCUGAUCAUUGCAAUUUCACUUCAUUUACAAAUACUGCUGAUGGACAGAAAUGUAUGAAAGCAAUUAUUGUCAGCAGAAAGCCUUAAAAACCUGCUGACUUCAAAUUAAACAGCACAAUCCUAUGAUUCCCUGUCAUUAUUUUCAAGCACUGGCAGUAUCUGUGGAGUAUAGGCAAUGCAGACAAUAGCAUGGGAUGAAGUGCCAACAUUUUCACUAUGCAUUAAAAGCUAAACAAAUCUUGAUCUUAGACUCCCUAAGAACACCUAACAUUGUACGUAUCCUCACAGGUAGACAGGAUGUGUCUUUUUCUUGCUUUUCUUCUGUUUUGUUUUGUUUUGUUUUGUUUUGUUUUCCUUCUUUUCCCUUUUUAUUUUUUCUUUUAUUCUUAUGCAUGAUUUGGUAAACAUUACACUUCAUAAUGAUGUAACUCCAGUUAAUUCUGAGUAAGAAAGGAUGAAAAUUGUGUUCAUGCACUUUUCUUUCUUUUUUUCUUUUUUUUUUUUUUUUUUUUUAAUUUAUGGGAAGAAGUGGCAUAAAAUGCUCAAGUUUUAACACAGCAAGUUCAUCAUUGGCAUCCCAUCAGAUACAAAACAUAACACUGCAUUUGUCACCUUGGACAUAAGAAAGCAAAGCCAUACUGUAGUCAUAAUAUGUGGACAUACUACUAGCUACCAUCUUAAUCUGUGAUUUUACCAUUACUUUUAUUAUGUUUAUUAUUAUUAUUAUUAUUAUUAAUAUGAUAUUAUUAUUAUUAUUUGGCUGCAAUGUGAUUCACGUAAUCUAAAUAAGUGAAAUUGUGUACUCAACACUUGAUGUUGUUGCAUUUAUUUAUUUAUUUAUAAGUAACAUAAUCUCAAUAGUAAAUGAGGCAUAGGAAUUAAGAGUAGAAAUUUCACCUUAAAAGAACAAUAAAACCUCCUUGGUCUGGAAAAGGAAUACAGGAUGAUUUGAUAAUUUCCGUCACGUGAUUCUUCUAUAUUUUAUAGCCAUAUUGCCUUUGUGCCUCCCAAUACACCUAAAAACAUGGCAUAGCUCCUACUAAAUUGUAAGUAGAAAAUAGGGUUGGUUUUUUUUCAAGUGAUCUUGAUAUUAUUUCCCUAAUAACGGCUAAAGGCAGGAGGCUACUUUUAUUGUAAUGAAACGUUUACACAGGGAAAGAAUCUCAAAUUCCAUGUAGAAAUCCCAUGUUGCCGUUCAUUUACUGCUAAUUCAGAUUUAUUUCUGCAUAUAAACUUGAGGUUAUAGUCUGUGCCUAGACCUUAAAUGCACCAGCGGAAGGAUAAAAGAAUCCUUCAAAAUACCAGUUUUUCCCCCACAAGUACAAUUGUUCUUGUGCCUUCUGUGGCUUACAGUUUUCAUCUUUUAAACUUUAUUUUUCAAUUACUACAGCUGCAAUAAACACUAUUUUAUUUUAUUUUUUUCCGGCUGUUUGACAUACUGUUGAUAGCUAUGCAUAUUUUGUGUCUUUUUAAAAAUUAAAAAAACAAACAAAAAAAAAAAAAAAAAAGAAAAACAAACAAAAAAAAAACAAAGCAGGAGAAUACGUUUUUGAAGAAGAGAAUUUUUAGAACAGUUUGAUAACGCAAAUUAUUUUUUCUCAAUUGUUUGAGCAGCAUUCAAGUUUUGAAAAUUCUUGUAGAAGCCAAUUUUUUGUAACUGUGGUGCAAAUCUUGUGUUUUCUUAGCCUGAUGAAAAGUAGUAUAGAAGCAAUAUUUCAUACGUGACAUAUGUGCAGAUACAUAUACGUAUGUAGUCACACGCAGCCAGGUGCGUGUGCACGUAUGUAUAUGUGUAUACACUGAAACACACACACACACAAAAUAUGCGUAUGAAGUGAAAAGCUUACCUUUUUCCUAUCUAGAUUAAGAACCUAUUUUAGACAUUUGUUAUGUUUUGUGAAAAGAAUGUUCUAUUUGAAACUACAAAACAUUUAAUUCUUACUGUAUCUCUGGUUGUUUAAUGGGAACGUUUCACAUUUAAUGGUAAACACGUGGAAGAUGUUAGAAUGUAGUGAUUAUUUAAGAAAGUGUUCACCCAUGUAUUCCUGAGGUUUGCUUUGUGCCUCUGAGUAUUAUUUAAUUAAAGUGUUUUAAGUUUGCAGAAUCUUUGUUACUGUACCAGGUAUGUGGGUGAACAUUGAAAACCGAGGGGAACUUUUAUAAAGCAAUGUAAAUAUUCAACCUUAAGGCUGUUCUUGCGUAAAGACAUAAGAUUUUAAUAACUACAUUCUGAAAACAUCUGUUGAAUUUAUAAGGAACACUACAGUAACUGUAUAGAUAGUUGAAAGCAUUCUUGAAAAUCCAGCUCUCUACUUUUAACAGUUAAGUCUUUCAUCAGAUGUCAAGGGAAUGGGUAAUACGGUUUCUGUAAAAUGGCAGAAUUUUUUUCUAUGUAUAGGAAGUCAGUUAAUAGAAAAAUGUUUUUUUUUCCACAGGUUAAUAUUGAUUAAGAAAUAAAGGUGAAGAUUUUGUGGCUUUAAAGAUAGGAUUUUCACCAGCAGCAUUGAAAGAUUAUACGUAUAUAUAUAUAUACAGAAAGAUAUAUAUAUAUAAAAAAAUGGAAAGUGGUUUACAAAACCCCCAAAACAAGCACUGUACAUGAGAAGUGAAAGCAAAAACUAUAUUUGCCAUGUGUAUUAUAUAGUAAUCAUUGGUGUUGAUAGUGCAAAUGUUUCCUUCUGGUACCAACUAUGUGUUUGAAAAUUCCAAUACGCAUUGUUUUCAAAAAGCUCCCCUUAAGGAAUGUAACUGGUUUAUAUGAGUAAGCAGUUACUGUAUUGCACUUAAAUGUUCUGUUGAAGGAAAUGCAAUUUCGUUUUCUGUAGAACUGUUGGUUGUAAACCAUCUAUAAACUGAAGCUAAAAAUGCUCAUAUUUAGAGCUGGGAUGAAAACUGGUAUUUAACCUUUGUAUCUUCUUAGGAGUAUCCUUUUUAGUGUAUGAAAGGUGGUGGCACUAUGACUUUGUUUAGUCUUUUCAUCUGAGCCACACUCACCUCUCUCCCAAAGCAGCCACCUUCCAAAUGCACAAAUAUACUGGGACACGUAGAAACAAAUCUAGGAGAAACGGCGAGCUGACAUUUUCUCUCUAAAAUCCAUCCUUUCCCUGUUAAUUAUACCACUGCAGUGAAAUAUUAGACCAACACAAUCACCACUUCAUUACCGCGCGACGUGUUAGAGUCAGAAACUUAAAAAGGAGGAAGAAAAGCCUCUUUAGGUUGGUUUUAAUGCUGCCCAGAAGAGUCAAAGGUUAAGGUCUAAACUGAUAUUGUCCCAGCCAUUACUCAUAUGUAUAUAGUUACAGAAGUGACAAAACACUGCCUUUAUAUUAUUUAGCAAUAUGUUGUAAAUAGCAUUAUUAAGCUCUUUUUUGUAAUAAAGACCCUUUAAUUUGAAGAUAGUACAAUAACUGAACUGAUAAAGUCAAUUUUUGAUUUUUUUUUUAUUUUAUUUUUUAGCUAGAGGCAAUUUCAACUGUGGAUUUUUUUUGUUGUUGUCUAUUGUUCUGAAGACUUUGCAUAAUUUAUUGGUUUAAUUUAUCCUAAUUUAUUUGAUGAAGGUGUACAAUUUUGUAUUACCAAGGAUGUACUGUAAUAUUAAUUGAUGACAAGAUAAAACAAUAAGACUCCCCUGUCCGUUUGAAAAAAAAAAAAAGG